AUGUCCUUGCUCAGUUACCCAUUGAUCGUGCUUGUUGCGCUUCUGUUCGCCGUCGUCCAGUCGGUUCUCCGCGGCAUUUGGCGUCAGUGGUCCUUGCGCAAGAUACCUGGUCCGCCUAGCGCUUCUCUUAUAACAGGCAAUUUCGCCCAACUCUUCCGUCCCGAUGCUACGCCCUUGCACGACCAUCUCUUUGCAACAUACGGUCCGCUUCAUAGGGUUCAUGGCUAUCUCGGGGCGCAGAUACUCGUCACAUCCGACCCCGUUGCGUUGCAUCACAUCAUCGUCAAACGUGUCGACGUCUUCGACACAGUCGAGUUCUUCCUGAAGUUGACUGGCGUCAUUCUUGGACAAGGCCUCAUUUCCACGCCAAUGAAAGGCGAUGUGCACCAUAAACAUCGGAAGCUUAUGAACCCCGCAUUCUCCCUGGGCCACAUCAAACACUUGACACCGAACUUCAGCGCGGUGUCCAGACAGGUGCGCGAGAUCUUGGAGGAGGACAUCAAAAGGACCAGUCGCGAAGAGACGGAUGUUCUGGACGUAUUGGGACGUACUGCGCUGGAGCUCGUGGCACAAGGUGGCUUUGGACACUCGUUCAAUGCCUUAGAUGGAAAGCCACACGCCUUGAGUAGCGCGUUGCGGCGGUUCUUCCCGACCAGUGCAAAGCUCCUGAAGUUUCGCCCUCUUCUUCCCAUCCUGAUGCGUACUUUUCCUCCGUGGUUUCUCCGUCGCGCAGGAGAGCUGCUACCAGUUCGUCCGCUGCAUGAGAUGAUGAACAUCUCGGACACGCUGCAUCAGUUCGCGACGGGCAUCUGGACCGAAAAGAAGCAGAUGCAUGCCGAUGGAAAGAUCUUCAGCAGCGCGGAGAAGGGUCAAGGACGUGAUGUGCUCAGUCUACUACUCGAAGAGAACAACAAGAGUACUAUCGAGGAUAAGCUCCCCGAAAACGAGCUGGUAGCCCAGGUUAACACGUUCCUCCUCGCCGGUACAGACACCACCAGCACCGCUCUUGCGCGUGUAUUGCACCUGCUCGCACUCCAUCCCGACGUACAAGACAAGCUUCGCGCAGAGCUCGUUGAAGCCGGCGCGCCGGAGGUGGAUCUUGAAUUCGAGGUCCUAGACCGCCUGCCCUAUCUCGAGGCUGUAGUUCGCGAGACUCUACGUCUGUUCCCGCCUGUGCGUUUCGUGCAGCGGCAGGCCCGCGAAGACUACGUCCUCCCGCUGCAACAACCUAUCACGGGUGUUGACGGGAAUGUCAUGACCGAGGUUCUUGUUCCCAAGGACACCAUGAUCUUAUGCAGCAUCGCGGAGGUGAACACCUCGACGACCAUCUGGGGCGCAGAUGCGCGUGAGUGGAAGCCUGAGCGCUGGCUCAAGCCACUGCCGCAGGCCGUCGUCGACGCGCGUAUUCCUGGCGUAUACUCCAAUACACUCACGUUCUCUGGCGGUGCCCGUUCCUGCAUUGGGUUCAAGUUCUCGCUACUGGAACAGAAAUGUGUACUCGCGCAGUUCGUCUCCUCGUUCGAAUUCAGGCCGUCCAGAAAGCAUCAGGUCUCAUGGUGGUUUGGAAACAUAAGCGGCCCAGUGGUCGGGGACUUGAAGAACUAUCGGGCCCAGUUGCCCCUCUGUGUCAAGUGCAUCUAA